GGAGAUUAGUGUCCAGGUUACUCCAGCAUGCCACCACCCCCAGUGGCCUUGCCGCCCCCACAGCCUGCAGAUAUAAGACCAGGUGAACACGGCAGGUUGAGACACCAAGGAUGGAGACGCUCCAGGGCCUGCUGCUGUGGCUGCUGCUGAGCGUGGCCGGGGCGCUGGCAUCCAAGGAGCCACUGCGACCACUGUGCAGACCCAUCAACGCCACCCUGGCCGCCGAGAAAGAGGCCUGCCCCGUCUGCAUCACCUUCACCACCACAAUCUGCGCCGGAUACUGCCCCAGCAUGGUGCGCGUGCUGCAGGCUGCCCUGCCGCCCAUGCCCCAGCCGGUGUGCACCUACCACGAGCUGCGCUAUGCCUCCGUCCAGCUCCCCGGCUGCCCGCCUGGGGUGGACCCAACGGUCUCCUUCCCUGUGGCCCUCAGCUGUCACUGCGGGUCCUGCCGCCUCAGCAGCUCCGACUGCGGCGGUCCCAGAGACGAACCCUUGACCUGUGACAAGCCCCCUCUCCCAGGCCUCCUCUUCCGCUAAAGACCCCCCACCUCCACCUCCCGUGCCCAUCCCAACUCCUGGAGCCAGCAGACCCUCCUCCGCUCCCCUCCUAAUAAAGACUUUCAAACGGC